CUCGGAAAUCUCUCUUUCUCGUGCGGGGAUUUCCGGUCUUCGGCGAAAGGUGGUGGUCCUCCCUCAUUGCCCUUGCCAUAAAUCCCAUUAUACCCCCACGCAACAGACACCCCUCCACCACCACAGCAAUGUCGCCCCCUCCUUCGUCCGGAAAAGGAAACGAGUCCGCCACCGCCCGUGUCGUUGGGUCCGGCACGGCCGGUAUCCUUGAGCUUCUGGGUUUCCACCCUGUCGACACCGUCGCAAAGAGGCUCAUGAACAACCAGCGGAAGGUCUCCGGCUUGCCAUUCGCCGAAUCCUCAGCUAUCUUGAACGAAGUGAUCUUCAAGGAUGCAGCAAAGAAGGGAACAUUCUCAAAGUACCUCUCCUUGUUCCCAGGGCUUGGAUUCGCCGCGGGUUACAAAGUCAUGCAGCGUGUGUACAAGUUCGGUGGACAACCUUUCGUCAACGACUACCUGAACAAGAACUACAAGUCCAGCUUCCAGUCCGUAUUUGGAGACAAGCACUCCAAAACCAUCAUGCACGCCACAGCAGGAUCGUUGGUCGGAAUCGGAGAGAUUGUACUGCUUCCAUUGGACGCUCUGAAGAUCAAGAUGCAGACAAACGCACAAAACUACGCGGGAUUGAACGUCUUCCAGAUUGUGAAAAAGGAGGGUUGGGGACUGUACAGGGGUGCCACAUGGACGGCGGCGAGGAACGCGCCAGGAUCGUUCGCGUUGUUUGGUGGAGCGGCGAUAACCAAGGAGCACAUCUUCAAGCUGGAGGACUACUCCAAGGCAACGUUCUUCCAGAACUUUGUUGCUUCCAUUGCUGGCGCCGUUGCCAGUAUCACCAUCUCUGCACCCCUUGAUGUCAUCAAGACCCGUAUUCAGGCCCGGUCGAGCGAACAGGCACAGGGAGGAUGGACCAUCUUGAAGAACAUGGCCGCAAAGGAAGGACUCGGCUCUUUCUUCAAGGGAUUGACACCCAAGAUUCUCGUAGUCGGCCCCAAGCUCGUCUUCUCCUUCACCGUCGCCCAGCAACUCAUCCCCAUGAUCCACCGGGUAUUGGACAACGACGCCGCCGGCGUGAAAUCCGUCGUCAAGCAGCAGUAAGCGAGCUCCCUGUACCCAUUGGCGUAGAGUAGACGUAUCCCGUUCGAUAGCGGUAUGGCAGAGGUUAUCCCUUUGCGAGCGGAUGUAUGAUUGUUGAGCACGACUCACAUGAGCUGUCGCUGGACGCACAAGCGCUCUUUUCUUGUUUUCAUUUCCUCCCCUGCCAUCUAAUUACAUAGUCCCACCAUUGUAAGUAGGGCAGAACUGUAUUUAUUUCAUUGACCUUACCCAUGAAUAUUGUCCGGGGAUUGGGGGUUUGCUUUCCCGAUCUGCCUGCAUGUGCAGUUGAAGCUCAUGAAAGCAACUAACUGAAGUCUAUAACCCAUGGUAUCCAUGCUCCUCCUUCAGAUGUUCGUCCUCAGUUUCCGCAUCCACCACGCCCUUCACAUCCUCCUCUUCCUUGACCUCUCCAUCAGCACCCACAACCUCCUCA